UUCUGUGACAGCCGGGUGCCCACUGCGCAUGUGCUGCGCUUUGUCAUCAGUCUCUGGUCAUUCCCUGCACUGUCUGCAGUCUCUGGUCAUUCCCUGCACUGUCUGCAGUCUCUGGUCAUUCCCUGCACUGUCUGCAGUCUCUGGUCAUCUCCUGUACUGUGUCCGCAGUCUCUGGUCAUCUCCGGUACUGUGUCCACAGUCUCCGGUCAUCUCCUGUACUGUGUCCGCAGUCUCCGGUCAUCUCCUGUACUGUGUCCGCAGUCUCUGGUCAUCCCUGUACUGUCCGCAGUCUCUGGUCAUCUCCUGUACUGUGUCCUCAGUCUCUGGUCAUCUCCUGUACUGUGUCCGCAGUCUCUGGUCAUCUCCUGUACUGUGUCCAUAGUCUCUGGUCAUCUCCUGUAUUGUGUCCGCAGUCUCUGGUCAUCUCCUGUAUUGUGUCUGCAGUCUCUGGUCAUCUCCUGUAUUGUGUCUGCAGUCCAUUGGUUCAGAAUAUUUUUUUUCCUUGUUUUUCGCCUCUAA